GUUGAGAUCUCUAACAAAUGAAUGGUUGCAUUCAAUGCUCUUCUCUCUCUACAACUGUAGAGGAUGCGUCUUCGCAACUCAAUGUCUCCUCUCUCUCUCUCUCUCUCUCUCUCUCUCUCCCCACCCAUCUCAGGACCUGCUGAAAGAUAAAACCAUUACCCUUCUUUCUCAAGUUUGAACUUGGCUCUUUUUGCUUUUACUGCUGACAUCCCUCCUCGCUCUAUCCCAAAUGAUUUUAAUUUUUUUGUUUUUAAAAUUAAUGCUCCUUUUCUUCUUCUUUUUGACUUUUCAGUUAUAUUAGAAUUUGAAAACUAAACCCUUUCCACUUCCGUGCUCGGAUCUGCAAGCAGGGGAAAGAGAGAAAACAUUGAAAUCAUCUGAGAGAGCUCUUGUAGUGCUCUGAAGAUGAAACCGAAACUCAUUUUCUUGCUAUUUUCCGCGAUUUUUCUGCUCGCAAACGCCGACCUAGCGGAGGACAAGCGAGCUCUGCUCGAUUUCCUCAGCAGAAUCCACAAAAGCCGCGACCUCAACUGGAGGAACGACACUUCAGUUUGUUCUAACUGGACGGGAAUUACUUGCAAUCAGGAAAACUCUCGAGUCAUCGCUCUUCGUCUUCCCGCUAUCGGAAUCAACGGUCAGAUCCCCUUUAACACUCUCAGUCGCCUCUCUGCUCUCCAGAUCUUGAGCCUCAGAUCCAAUGGUUUCACUGGCCCUUUCCCCUCUGAUCUCUUCAACAUCACAACCCUAACUGGCCUUCACUUGCAAUUCAAUACCUUUUCUGGGGAUUUACCCUCCCAUUUCUCAACAUGGAAGAAUCUCACUAUUUUGGAUCUUUCCUACAAUGAGUUUAAUGGUGAAGUUCCCACUUCGAUUUCUAACUUAACUCACCUAGCUGCUUUGAAUUUGUCCAACAAUUCGCUUACCGGUGAAAUCCCAGACCUUGCGCUGCCUAGCCUCCAGUUUCUAAAUCUCUCCAACAAUCAUCUCAACGGAACCAUUCCGACUUCUCUUCUGAAGUUCCCCAAUUCCUCGUUUUCUGGCAAUGAUUUCAUGCCGAUUCUUCCUGUAAUGCCCCCUCCGCUGCCCCCCAACAUUCCGUCUUCCCCUUCUGCUUCCCCUUUCCUGGCAACAAAAAGUGGUAGAAAGCUAACGGAAUCAGAGAUUCUGGGCAUUGCUGUAGGAGGAUUUGCUAUAAUUUUCCUGGCAUUGGCUAUCCUGAUGGUAAUGCUUUGGUCGGGAAAGAGAAGGGGAGGAGCUGUAUCUGGAAAGCUUUCGAAAGGGGAUAGGUCGCCGGAGAAGGCUGUGAGUGGGAAUCAGGACGAGAACAACAGGCUGGUGUUCUUCGAAGGGUGUAAUUUUGCGUUUGACUUAGAGGACCUGUUGAGGGCCUCGGCUGAGGUAUUGGGAAAGGGUACGUUUGGGACAGCUUAUAAGGCAGUGCUUGAGGACGCGGCGAUGGUGGUUGUGAAGAGGUUGAAGGAGGUUGGGGUUGGGAAGAAGGAGUUUGAGCAGCAGAUGGAGGUGGUUGGGAGAAUAAAGCAUGAGAACGUGUUGGAAUUGAGGGCUUAUUACUAUUCCAAAGACGAGAAGCUCAUGGUCUAUGAUUACUACAGCCAGGGGAGUGUUUCUUCCUUGCUUCACGGACAGAGAGGGGAAGACAGGACUCCCCUAGACUGGGAUACCAGACUGAAAAUAGCUAUUGGCACAGCAAGAGGCAUUGCAUGCAUCCACACUGAGAACAGCGGAAAAUUCGUCCAUGGCAACAUUAAGUCCUCAAACGUCUUCCUCAAUCCUCAAAGCUUUGGUUGUGUAUCUGACCUUGGCCUCUCAUCCCUCUCAACAAAUCCCAUCAUCCCUCGUGUUUCUCGGACUGCUGGAUACCGUGCUCCUGAGGUUGUUGAUGUGCGUCGUUCAACACAGGCCUCUGAUGUCUACAGUUUUGGUGUGCUAGUGCUUGAGCUGCUCACAGGCAAGUCACCCAUCCAGAUAACUGGCGGUGGGGAUGAGGUUGUCCACCUCGUCCGGUGGGUCCAGUCGGUAGUCCGAGAAGAGUGGACAGCUGAGGUGUUUGAUGUGGAGCUAAUGAGGUAUCCAAACAUAGAGGAGGAAUUGGUUGAGAUGCUUCAGAUUGGAAUGGCCUGUGUAGUGAGAAUGCCUGAACAAAGACCAAAGAUGGCAGAAGUGGUGAGAAUGAUUGAAGAUGUUAAAAGAUUUGAUACAGGAAACCGUCCUUCGACAGAGGGCAGGUCACCAGAGUUGAGUGGAUUGAUGCCGCAACCUGCACAAAGGUCAGCAGGGACUUCUUCUCCAAUACAGUGAAGGCUAGGAAAAUCGUAUAGCUACUUUGGUUAUACACCAUUCUGUACUAUUUAAUUUGUACCUUCUACAUACAUGUUGUGGGAUUUGAUUUACCUUACGUGGUUCUUCAAAUGCUAUGUUUGGUGAGCUUUUUGGCCAAUGCGUGUUAUAGAGUUCAAAGGUCUGAACUGACAAAAACUGCUUGUUUCUCUGCAUCUUGAUUAUUGUAGAAUGCAAGUUCUAUGGCAUCUUUUUUGGUCA